AUGCGACAGGAGUCAACGUUUACGACUGACAGCGACUCCGCUGUCGCCGGUACGUCGUGUGCGGCGCCUGCGACGGCGUACGAGGCGCGGCGACUGGCGAAGGUGCGUGAGACGCAGCGACUGGUGGCGGAGCUGCGGAUGGAAGCGGACGAGCUGAAGCGGGCCGCACGGCAGCAGCACACGUUGGCGAAACGGCAAAAGACGUCAGCGCUUACGUCACCCGUGGAGACCGUCGGUUUACGGCGGCGGUCCAGCAGGGCCGUGGGGCGAGUGGACUACUGUGAGACGCGCCGCCCCCUCGCACCCGCCACGCCCGCCAGGCCGCCCGCCCCCGGCGCUGCAGUGGGUGCACGCGGCGCACUGCACGGCCGCCAUGGCGGUGGCGGCAGCCCACGCGGCAGCACGGGGGGGCCGGGAGGUGGCAGCAGCGAGGGGGGCGGCGGUGGCAAGCAGGGCGCGGGUGUGCUGGUGUGGGUGCCACGGCGCUUCUUCCCUGGCGGGGGCAGUGCUGUGCAGCAGCUGUGGGGGCAGCGGGAGCGGGGAGAGGCGGGUGAAGAGGGAGAGGAGGUUGCAGGGAGGGGGCGAGUGCAGCAGUACAAGUGGGAGGAGUGCGGUGGGGGAGGGGCAGAGAGGCGAGCAGCAGGCGGCACGCGGAGGGAGGUGGCGGAUGACAGCGGCGUCGUGGCGGUGGGGUGGAGGGCCAGGCCGUUCCUGUGCCGCGUGGCGACGGCAUGGCAGCAGGGGGGGGAGGCGAGGGGGGUGGUGGUGGGCAAGGGGGGAGAGGGUGGCGAAGGGGAGCAGCUUAGGUGGAGAGAGCAGCAGGGGAGAGGCGCAGAGAAAGGAGAGGAGGACAAGGAAGGGCGGGCAGGCAGUGAGGGGCUGGUGUGGGUUCCCAAGCCGUUCCUCUGGGGUGCGGUGGGGGUAGUGGAGGUGGCAGUGCGGCACGGCACAGUGCAGCACGGUGGAGUGGGGGGAAGUGCAGAACAAACAGCUGUGCACAGGCAAGUGCGGGUGGUGUUGCAGAGGCGAGGGCAUGAGCGUGAGUGCAGUGGGGCAGAUGGCGAGGAGGAUGGCGGCGGUGACACCAGCAGCGCCGCAUGCAGGGGCGCGGCAGGCAGCAGCAACGGCGGGGAGGGACGGUGCAGCCCUGAGAGGGGGCCAGGCGGGGCAGGCAGGGAGGCGGGGAGGGAGGGCAAGGGGCGCGAGUGUGCGGUGGUGUGGGCCUCGCGGCACUUCCUCACUGCCGCUGGCGCCCGCAUGCUGCCCUGGCAGGCGGUGGGCGCGGUGACUAAGGGGGACCAAAGUACACGAGGGGAAGGGCAGAGUUCAAGAGAGGGAGGAAACGAGGGGGGGAAAGGCAAUGGUAGGCUGCUGUGGGCGCCGAGGGAUUUCGUUUCCAAUGGAGAGUCUGUGGUGCCGCAAGCAGGGGGGAAGUCACAGAGAGGGGAGGCACAGGGAAGGGAGGCACAGGGAGGGGAGGGUGAGGCGCGGCACAGGGAAAAGAACAUGGAGGACGAUGGGGCUGGUGGUGGUGAUGGUGGUGGCGGCUUCAUGCAGCGCAGGCGUGAAGAAGCCAUGCAUGUCCGGCACACAGUGGACGAUGAGGCCGGGCCUCGAGGGGCUGUGGGCGCGUGGGAGAAGCGCAGGGAGGGGUGCGAUGAGCAGCGCAGGGAGGGGUGCGAUGAGCAGCGCAGGGAGGGACAGCCGCACGUGGCGCUACUGCCACCAGUGCAGGUGAGUGUGGUGCCACCAGUGCAGGUGAGUGUGGUGCCACCAGUGCAGGUGAGUGUGGUGCCACCAGUGCAGGUGAGUGUGGUGCCACCAGUGCAGGUGAGUGUGGUGCCACCAGUGCAGGUGAGUGUGCUGCCACCAGUGCAGGUGAGUGUGGUGCCACCAGUGCAGGUGAGUGUGGUGCCACCAGUGCAGGUGAGUGUGCUGCCACCAGUGCAGGUGAGUGUGGUGCCACCAGUGCAGGUGAGUGUGGUGCCACCAGUGCAGGUGAGUGUGCUGCCACCAGUGCAGGUGAGUGUGCUGCCACCAGUGCAGGUGAGUGUGCUGCCACCAGUGCAGGUGAGUGUGCUGCCACCAGUGGAGGUGAGUGUGCUGCCACCAGUGCAGGUGAGUGUGCUGCCACCAGUGCAGGUGAGUGUGCUGCCACCAGUGCAGGUGAGUGUGCUGCCACCAGUGCAGGUGAGUGUGCUGCCACCAGUGCAGGUGAGUGUGCUGCCACCAGUGCAGGUAGUUGCGGGCAUCAAGCAUCUUGAGCUGCAGCGUGCCGCUGAGCCCGCACCCAGUGCUCACCGCAACAACAGAGCCCCCCUUCCUUACAUCACCCCUCCCUGCUAUUUUCUUUUACGUCCCCUCACAUGCCCCUGUCACAUGCCCCCCUCACAUGCCCCCGUCACAUGGCCCCCGCACAUCGCGGCACCUAUCAGAGCCAUGACAACGGGUCGCACCACACGCUGUACGGCGUGCCGGGCGGGGAGGAACCAGUGCCUGUCACCUGCCGUCUUUCUCAUGCAUGGCAGUGCCCGUCACCUGCCGUCUUUCUCAUGCAUGGCAGUGCCCGUCACCUGCCGUCUUUCUCAUGCAUGGCAGUGCCCGUCACCUGCCGUCUUUCUCAUGCAUGGCAGUGCCCGUCACCUGCCGUCUUUCUCAUGCAUGGCAGUGCCCGUCACCUCCCGUCUUUCUCAUGCAUGGCAGUGCCCGUCACCUGCCGUUCGCAUGGAUGAUGUCGCUCGCUCUGCAGGCCACACAAAGGCAACCUCCCCCUCACUGCUGCAUCUUCACCUCCAGAACAGAUCGGGCAGAAUGGACUGCCAUGAGCUGCAAGGGCAGCAGACGUACUCGCGUCGGGAGUUACCACCGCCGCGAAGGAUGCGCUCAAAGGAGCGGGGAAGAUCGCCAGGUCGCUCGCCUAGGAGAGAGGCGGAUCGGGUGGAUCGGAUGGCAACCAGCGACGGACGGCGCGGCGAAGGCGAGCUCGGUCUGCAGACGAGAUCGGCGCCAGGACCCCAGCCGUCGAGGAGCGAUCCCUGGGAUCUGGCAAGAGGCCAGCGGGGCGCGGGAGUGAGGCAUCAGGAGGAUGCCGACGAGACGGACUCGCUGAUGUUGGCAAACGAGGCCGACGGCGAGGAGACGGCGGAAGAUGAUCCAAGGGACGCGGGAGCAGAUCGCUCGCCGGACGACAUGCGCGAGGGAGGCGAGAUGCACCGCGGAGAGAAACGCGAAGAGUGCGGAAAGGCGACGGGAUCGAGUCGCUCGACAGACGAAGUGCGCGGGAAUGGCGCGAGGCGCUGCGGGAGCGCAGAUGCAGACGGAUCGGACAGUGAAAUGCGCGGGAAUGGCGCGAGGCGCUGCGGGAGCGCAGAUGCAGACGGAUCGGAGGGUGAAUUGCGCGGGAAUGGCGCGAGGCGCUGCGGGAGCGCAGAUGCAGACGGAUCGGACGGUGAAUUGCGCGGGAAUGGCGCGAGGCGCCGCGGGGACGCGGAUGCGGAGCGUUCUGCUGACGAAAGGCACGGGAGUGGCGCGAGGCGCCAGGGGAGCAGCGCGGAUGCAGAUCGCGCGCCAGGGGAGGUGCGCGGGAGUGGCGCGAGGCGCCGCAAGAGCAAGGAGAAUGACCGCGCGACAGGGCGCAUGCGUGGGGAAGACGGAUCGCCGGAGCCACAGCCAGAAACUGAGAGGAGGAGGCGUAUGGUGAUGGGAGCUCGGCGAUCGCCAGAGCCGUGGGACGAAGAAAAGGAGCUGAAAUGGAGAGAGGAGGAGCAAUACAGAAGGGGUGAGAGGUCGCCUGAAGGGAGGACAGAAAGGGUAAGGGAGGAACAUGAGCAUGGGCUGGAUUGGUGCCAACGGGGUAAGAAGGAGAAGGGAUCAAACUUUGAAGGAAGAGAGGGGUACAGGGGAAGGCAAGAAGGGUGUCGGAAACCUGGUGCAGGAGUAAGGGAGAAGCAGGACCUAAGCAGACAGAGGAAGAGAGGGGACAAGCAGCACAUGCGACGGGAGGAGAUGCACGAGUAUGAAGCAGAGAGCGGGGAAGAGGAAGAGAGUGAUAGGCGGGCACGCCAUGGAGUGGGACAAAGGGAAGAAUGCUGGGAAGAAUAUUUCACUGGAAGGAGAGAGGGGCAGAGGAGAAGGCAGGAAGAACGGAGAGAGUUUCCUGAGAGAGAGGACCGGCAGCAGCGGGAAAGGAGGAAGCGAGAAAGGCAAUUCCAGGAAUAUUCGCCUGAGAGGAGGGAAAGGCGAUGGGGGGAAGCAGGCGGGGAAAGAGAGGCUUACGAGGAGCGGAGAAGGAGUCCGAAUUUGGUAGGGAAGAACGAGAAGGUGGGGGCAUGGGCGGAUGAACCAGAAGCGGCAGGCACGGAAGGGAAGGACGAGGAGGUGGGAGCAAGGGCAGCAGCAGAAGGGGAAGAGAAGGACGAGAAGAAGGGGGCAGGGGCGUGUGGACUGGUAGCAGCCGGCGCGGAAGGGAAGAACGAGCAGGUGGGGGCGGGAGCGUGUGUAACAGCAGCAGCGAAGGUAGAGAAAAAGGAAGUGCAGGUGGGGGCGGGAGCGUAUGUAACAGCAGCAGCGAAGGUAGAGAAAAGGGAAGAGCAGGUGGGGGCGGGAGCGUGUGUAACAGCAGCAGCAAAGGUAGAGAAAAAGGAAGAGCAGGUGGGGGCGGGAGCGUGUGUAACAGCAGCAGCGAAGGUAGAGAAAAGGGAAGAGCAGGUGGGGGCGGGAGCGUGUGUAACAGCAGCAGCAAAGGUAGAGAAAAAGGAAGAGCAGGUGGGGGCGAUGUAA